GCACUUAUGGGUUUCCAAAACAUAGAAGUGAUUGACAUGGACAUCAUUGAAGUUUCCAAUUUAAACAGACAGUUUCUUUUCAGGGCUUCUGAUGUGGGAAAACCAAAAGCAGAAGUGGCUGCUGCUCACAUCAAUGAGCGCAUUGAAGGCUGUAAAGUAAUUCCUCAUUUUGCAAAGAUACAAGAUUUUGAUGAAUCAUUUUAUAGGAAAUUCAACAUCAUUGUAUGUGGCUUGGAUUCUAUUGUUGCUCGCAGAUGGAUAAAUGGAAUGCUGGUUGGAAUCAAUUCAGAUGAGCUAGAAAAUGACGGAAACAUAAUUCCCAUGGUCGAUGGAGGAACAGAAGGCUUUAAAGGCAAUGUGAGGGUAAUGAUACCAGGUAUCACAGCUUGUAUUGAUUGCACAUUAGACCUUUAUCCUCCUCAGGUGACAUUUCCUUUGUGCACAAUUGCUCAAACUCCAAGGCUGCCUGAGCAUUGUAUUGAAUAUGUUAAAGUUCUGUUGUGGCCUAAGGAAAGAAAAGAUGAAAGCAUUGAUGGUGAUAACCCAGAGCAUAUUAAAUGGAUUUAUGAUAAAGCUUUGGAGAGAGCUGAUGAGUACAAGAUACCAGGAGUUACGUACAGACUUACACAAGGCGUUAUAAAGAACAUCAUUCCUGCAGUAGCAUCAACUAAUGCUGUUAUUGCUGCAGCCUGUGUCACUGAAGUUUUCAAACUUGCAACUAGCUCUUCUACUUUUCUCAGUAAUUAUAUGGUUUUUAAUGACAAUGAUGGAGUCUACACUUAUACAUUUGAAGCUGAAAAAAAGGAAAACUGCCUAGCUUGUAGUGCAAAAAUACAUCCAUUAACAUUCUCGGAGCUUGACAAGCUGCAAGAUGUAAUUGAUUUUCUCACUGAAAAUCCCCAAUUCCAAAUGAAAUCUCCAGGAUUGACUGCUUGCAUAGAUGGUCGCAACAAAACUCUUUACAUGCCUUCCAUAUCAUCCAUUGAGUUGGCUACUCGACCAAACCUGAAAAAAACACUCAAAGAUUUAGGAAUUACAGAUGGACAACAAAUAAUCGUUGCAGAUUCAACUACACCUUCUUCAUUAAUUUUUAAACUGAAUUUGACAUCAGAAAUGGAGAGCUGAACUAAAUGUGUUUGUUUUAUUUAUUGUUUUUCCUCCUGUGCCUCUCAAGAUGUGUAGAGAUAAAGCAAUCACAUUUUGAAGAUGUAUUACUUUAAGCUAUAAUAUUUUCAAAAACCUUUGUUUUUCAAUGAAAUUUCAAGGUUUUUUUGUCUAAAAAAACUUAAAUUUUGUUGUAAUUGUUGUGUAAUGUAUUAAAAUGAGCUAUUAAACUCGAUGUA